CGCUUUAGUUGCCGGAAAACUGUCUCUGGGUUCGAGGCUUGCGAUCGGGUUGUAUGGGUCUGCUCUAGGUCGUUUUUUUUUACGUCGGCGAUGUUGUUUCCGUAGUUCCCGCGCUCGGAAUCUUACAAUAGAAUAGUGCGUCUUUUUUGUUUGUCUUCCGUUUCAAUGCGAGAAAGUGGAUGGUGUUUGUAACGUCAUUUAAAAGUUUAUCAUCUAAAACAGAGGUUAAGUAAACAGUCAAAAAACGGAAGAUAAAACUUGUAAACUGCGACGGACAAUGUUGUUGAAGUUCGCACGAAUGUGUUUUAAAUCCAGUCCAAAUAUUCACCGCUAUAUUUAUUUAAACACGUAAUAAUUAACAAUGCAAGCGAGAUUAGUUGAUCGAAAUUUUCGGCGGUAUUAUGUGUAAAGAACUGGAGAAGAACAAAAACAUUUAUGCAUCGUCUAAACGUAGUUGUGUUGGUGAGUUUGUGUUAGAAUUCGGAAAAUUUCAUGUGAAAAAUGGGAAGAAGGAAAUCUUCGAGGCGCGAACUCACCGAGGAGGACUUAUGGAAAAUUAGAGAGGAAGCAGCUCAAAGAUACACCGACACUAGCUGGCGUCUCUAUAGCCAAAACCAAAAGCACCGCGCACCGUGCAUUUACGCAUCGGAAAACAACGCUCAGUCCGAGCCGAUCGACCGGCCCGAUGGCGUCGAUCGGCUGGACUCGAGCAAAUCCGCCCCCACUACCGAUGCGCAGAACACGCCCGAACGGGUGACGGACACGCACGAAAACGACCAAAAACGACACGAUGCGCAGCAGCAGCCAAGGCAGGGGAAAGUGGUGCAAAUCGAGACGGUCGAGGUGCUGUACGAGCCGAUUAGGAGUAACGGGCAUACGGAAACGCAUACUCACGAUGAUCUACACAAGAAUGGACCUCAAGUUAAUAAGAUGUUGAAAUCAUCGUCAUACAAUGGCUACGGAGAGGCCCUCACCAGCCAACCGCGAUCCUCCAGAUCGACGCCAUCCAACGUCGAGGCCACGAUGGACCUCAGCUAUGUCACCGAGAGGAUCAUAUCCAUGUGGUUUCCGGCCUCUACAACGUCGCAUUCGUACAGACUGGGGCAGCGACAAGCAGCGCACAUGCUGAGCAACAAGCACGGAGAUAAUUAUAUGGUUUUUAAUUUAUCCGAACCAAAGAGGGCCUUAAGGAACGAACACAAAUUUGUGAAGGAAGUGGGCUGGAUGACAAACUUGGCGCCACCUCUGGAGAAGUUGUGCAGCGUUUGCAAGGAGAUCGAUUCGUGGCUGUCCAAAGAUCAACCCAGGAUAGCAGUACUACAUUCUAGGGGUUCCAAAGAAAAAGUAGGGGUAAUAGUGGCAGCCUACAUGCAUUACUCCAGCAUAUGUGGUACAGCUGAGCAAGCAUUGGACCGAUUUUCGAUGAGGAAAUUUCUGGAAGACAACGUGGGACCUCUAAGGCUGCCUUCAAAUAAGAGAUACGUAGAUUAUUUUGCUGGCCUUUUAUCUCACAGCAUCAAGAUCAACGCUGCGCCACUUUAUUUGACGCACGUCACUGUGCUGGGGGCUCCAUCUUUCCAAAAUGGCGGCUGCAAGGCCUUUCUCAAGCUUUACGAAGGGCAUAAUCCAGUCUACACAUCAGGUGUUUAUAAUGUGUCUAAUGGCAUUUCUCAGUUCACUGUCAACGUUGCCGGUGAAAGAAAACGCGGUCUCCAGCUGCGAGGUGACAUCCUGAUCAAAUGUUACCAUCGAGGUACCGCCAACGACCGAGAACCUAUAUUCGCGUGCCAGUUUCACACGUGUGCCGUAGCAGACCACACCCUCAGCUUCAUCAGACAGGAGUUAGAUGUUGCUUGCAAUGAUCCAAGAUUUCCCAUUGACGGUGCAGUACAACUUCACUUUUCCUCCGGACCGGAUGCCAGGUAUCCAGUACCGGCACCAACACCCGCAGUACCGUACAUCAGUUUGAACGAUGACCCAGUGAUAAGAACGGAUAGUCCGUUUACUUUGGAGGAGUACGAUGAAGAAGACGAUUCUGAUUCCGAUGACGUGAACCACACUUUCGGUCCACUAGAUGGCAGCAUCUACGCCACGAUCGCCAAGAAACCGGAAAUAACAGGCGCAGUGUCCAGUCCGCUUACUGUGUCUAUGGACAGUGGGAUUUCAUCAGCAGGCCACCAGCAGAACGCCAACACCACCGCCUCGUCCGGCAGCCCCCCUCCCACCUCCGCGCAGCCGUCCCCCCUCACGCCGGAGGACCAGCACCGCGAGCUCGACGAGCUGCUCUCGGACAUGAUGCUGACGGUGCAGAGCAUUCCCGAUCCGAAACCGAGCGGUACCGUCGCGGCAUCGGGGAGCAGUACCGCAGGCGCGCACCACCAGUUCUCGCUCGACAACGUCAGGUACAUCGACGAGGAGGAGGAGAAACCGGCCGCGGGAGGCUACAGGAGGGAGUACCAGAGGGAAGAAGAAAAAGAUAUCCCGUAUCACGCGCGUGAAAACAGUAAGCCCUUCAGCUACGGAAUCAACCAGGACAUGAUAGGGGAAUCUAAGGGCCUGUCGAGCCCUAGCUUAGUGCGUAAGGCCAGCGUAAACAAGAGCCACGGAAACACUUUGGCAAAGGUUCAAACUGGUGUGUACCCAUCAUCGAAACCCGUACCAAACUUCGAAAACGAUCCGUCGGCAAGGUACCAGCCUCAAUACUCCACUUUGGGGAAGUAUUCGUACUCUCCAACGCCACACAGGAAGCUUCAGGAUAGAGAUGAAAUAGACAACAUCUUCACUCAGAGCGCUCUAAACGCUCAACCAAUCAAGAGGGAGUUCAGAGAGGAGUAUUAUAAGGAUGUGAGGAAAAGGUAUGAUCCGUUAAAGAGGAGUUUUACCGAAGGUACCUUGAGAAGAAGCCCGGAAAAGGUCACUUUCAAGUCCAGUUCAACCGCUACCAGUCCAUAUUCUGAUUCGGAAAGUCUGUCACCACCUGGUCAGUUCAGGAAUAACACCAAAUCGCCAGAAUUUCACGAAUCAUAUACCAACGGUAACCUAACAUGGCUCCAAAGACAACAGCAAAAACUCAAAGAAAGAAAAGAGAUGCGUUUGAGGGAAGAACGGCAACCUCACGAGACCAGGUUGUUUUCCGAACUGAGACAAGUUCAAACACGUCAUACCAGACCAACGGCCAGCCAUAGAUUAGAUGGUUACACCAGUGAUACCACGGCGUUUGCCGAUGAUGAUGACGAUUUUUCUGUGCCGCUCCACAUCAACACCAUGCACCAAAGGAACGGAGCCGUCACUCCCAGUUCUUCCCAGUACAGUACCUUAAAAUCUACGUACUCCACUCUGAACAGGAACGAAAGACCUUUUGUAGCGAUCAAACGGGCACACGAAAAGCAUUCUCAAAGCGCGGACCCGGCCAGCAUACUUGCUGCCAACCCCCACGGCCAAAUAAUCCGAUCAGUGUCCCGUGGACCCUCCGAACACGACCAGGACGUCGGUCUUCUAUCCUUGGUCGAACAGCAACAGCAACAACAGUACUCCAGCAGGCAGCAACUGAUCCAGAACCAGUACGGAACCGGUUCGGACCCGUCCAAUCGCUACAACCAAUCGACGGUGGGUAUCUCGAACGGCGCUGACUGUGACGAUUCGCCUGUCAGAGACGAGAACUCUCGCUUGGACGCUCUCGAUGACCUCAUCGCUAACCUCUCGAGUGAUUCUAGUAAUAGUCCUAACCUUACGGCAUGGCCUCAGUACGAACAAACGACAUACACGUGGCGAAACCAACCCACUGAUGCCGAGACAUCUCCUUCGCAUAGUUCAUCGCCUCGACCCCAAACACCCGCCUUUCCUGUAUUCGCCAGGACGCCAUAUUUGAACGCCUCCACGCCAUCUGUACAAUUCGAGCAAUCGGAACGAUUGCCUCCCAAGAGUCCUACAACCCAGCGCCGGCUUAGUUUUCCAUCAGCGACUUUGACAAAAAAUGCCAAAUGGACGUUGUCUCCGGAGAGAAAGGACCGACCAACCUCACCGACAGACUUGAACGGCUCGUCGGACGUCGAGUACAGGCACGGCCCCGCGCAAAGGAGCGUCUCCGCCACUGGUUAUUUGGAAAGGAACGGUUCUUCAUCGCCUACAGUAUACUACGGCCACUCCAGACGGGGAUCGGUGGCGUCCAGUGCUAACGAACAGUCGCCCCAUGAGGUGUCAGCGGCGCACGUCAAGAUCGUCAGGGACACGAGCAGGUUCUGGUACAAGCCCACCAUAUCCAGAGAAGAAGCUAUAAGCAUGUUACGUGAUCAAGUACCAGGAACUUUCGUCGUACGUGACUCUAACUCGUUCCCCGGUGCUUUCGGAUUGGCCCUGAGAGUUGCAGCGGUACCGCCCAAUUUCCAGAACAAAUCUGGCGGAUCCGAUGAACUGAUCAGGCAUUUCCUGAUAGAACCUACGUCGAAAGGUGUGCGGAUCAAAGGGUGUCCGAACGAACCAGUGUUCAGUUCACUGUCUGCCUUGAUUUACCAGCAUUCUAUUACACAGAUCGCCUUGCCCUGUAGGCUGAUAUUGCCAGAAGGCGACUUGAAAUACGACAGUAGAACUAAUCCCCAGGCCCAAAUCCAACAGCAGCUCCAAGUGCAGGGUGCCGCGUGCAACGUCUACUAUCUGGCAACGUUGGAAAUGGAAUCUCUCACGGGUCCGCAAGCGGUCAAGAAGGCGGCGUUGCAACUGCUGCAAAAACCCGAUCCUCAGGAGACCGUGGUUCAUUUCAAGGUGAACGGUCAGGGCAUCACGCUGACCGAUAACAAGAGGAAGUUGUUCUUCAGGAAGCACUACCCCAUCAACACUAUAUCGCAUUGUGGACUGGCUCCGGACGAUCACGAUUGGUACGUGAAGUCGGAGGAUGGACAGGCAGCUAAGAUUCCAAAGCGCAUUUUUGGAUUUGUGGCCAGAAAACCAAACGUCAGCAACCCAGACAAUCAGUGCCAUCUAUUCGCCGACUUGGACCCAGAUCAACCUGCCACAGCCAUCGUCAAUUUCGUCAACAAAGUUCUGGCAUCCAACGGCAUCAAACCUAACAUUGUCUAAGAAAAAUCGACAGCUUUUAUGUAGGUUAUAAUAAUCAUAAUGAAACAUCACUACACCUCAGAAAAAAUAAAGCCAAAGGUGUAUCGAAAAUUCAAAAUUUCUUUUCCUAGUCUGUUUAUUUUACUACUUAAUAUUAAUUUUAUUUUUUUUAUAAAUACCAAAUAUACUUGCCAGAUAUUUUUAGAAAAAAAAAUCAUACAGUGAUUUAUGUAAAUAAUAUUUAUAUUAGCAAACAUAUUUUUUUGUUUCAAUAAGCUAUUAAUAUAAAUAGUGUCAAUACUGUUAUUUUAUAUUAAACUCUUUGGCAAGUAUGUUUAGUAUAUAAAUUAUACAUACAAUUUUAAAUAUUUCUAAUUUUAAAAUAUAGUAUCACAAAAUAUCAUGUACAUAUAUAUUUUAUUUUGGAUUUUAUUCACGCACUAUGAGUGUCUGUAUUUAUAUAUAUGUUUAUUGUCUCUAAUUUUAUUAUAAUUAUUAUUAUUAAUGUAGUAAACCCGUGAAGUGCUUAUAUUAAAAAUAUGAGCAUGUUCACCAACAUCAUCAAGAAAGCUGGACUUUGUUAGUGUUUUUGUUAUGGAAAAUUAACAAAAAAUUAUCUUGUAACGAGCCAUGAAAAAGAAGUGUAAAAUCUGUGUAUUUUUGAAAAAAAAAUUAGGAAUACACAGGUUAUGAUUGUGCUAAUAUUAAAAGAAAAAGAUAUUGUUUAUUAUUCAUGUCUAUAUCACGUGUUGCAUGUUGUUUUAUUAAGCUUUCAUUUUUCAUAUCACACUAACAUUGUCGCAUCUAAUACUAUUCGUUGUUUAGCUAGAAUGCAGGGUAAAGGCCUGUUCACAUGUGACUAUAGUAAAAAUCAUAAGAAUUUUCCGCAUUUUGGCAUUUUCUAUCACGUUUUGUAUAUAAUACAAUCGUAGUAUUUAACGUACAAUUUUUAUUAUAAAAUGUCAAUAAAAUCAAUUUUACUAAUACCAAAUUCUUUUUGUUUAAAAAAAUUACAAUUUUGACUGUUUUUACAGAUCGAAUAGCAAAAACGUGUUCAUUAAUAAUUUAUUUCCAAAUAUAAUUGACAUAUAAUUUUCAUAUGUGAAGAGGACUUCAACAAAUGAGAUAAAAUACUAGGUAUAUGAUUACUUUUUUGUGAAUCUCCAUUACAACAUAUACAUAUUAUAUCUUAAUAAUUAUUAUAAUUAAAUGCCAUAUUUAUUAAAACGAGUUAAGUUGCUUAACUGGUCUAAUUUUCAUUAGUACAAAUGUGACGUCAUUCUCGAUUAGUUUCAGAUAACUGUCAAAAACGAAGGAAACAUACAAUCAAAAUAUAUUAUAGGUCUAUUGCAGAGAAAUAAAGAAAUCUAUUGGAGAUAUAGAUGUUAUGAUUAAUGUAGUUAGAAUAAAGUUACUAAUUCAAA